CGGGUUGCGUAGCAGCGGUGGGCGGGGCCGGGGAAUCUGUCUCCGGCCGCGACGAGUGGUCGGGGCGUUCUUCCCUCUCCUUCCCCUUCCCCUUCCCCUCCCAGGACGGACUGGGACCCGGGUCCGGGGCUCUCCGGUGGCCGCUGCGGCCCCAGCUCCACCGGGCCGGGGUUCGGAGAGUCCAGACCGCUUCCAGGGCGAGUGCUCCUGAUUGUGACAUCACAUUCGUCCCUUUGGCGAUGGAACUGGUCACUAGGAAGGAAGGCUCAGUUGGAGAAUAGCCAACAAGAUGGGUCACUGGAAGUGUCUCUUGUGUGGCACUGAGUGGAGGCCUCAGGGGGUUGGAGCCUUGUGAUCAGGGAACCUGCCCCCCAACACUUGGAAGGACCCAGGUUUCAGUGAUGAGACAUGGGGUAUGAUGUAACCCGAUUCCAGGGGGAUGUUGAUGAAGACCUGAUCUGUCCUAUUUGCAGUGGAGUCUUGGAGGAGCCGGUGCAGGCACCUCAUUGCGAGCAUGCGUUCUGCAACGCCUGCAUCACCCAGUGGUUCUCUCAGCAGCAGACGUGCCCCGUGGACCGGAGCGUUGUGACCGUCGCCCACCUGCGUCCAGUCCCUCGGAUCAUGCGGAACAUGUUGUCCAAGCUGCAAAUCGCCUGUGACAACGCUGUGUUUGGCUGUAGUGCUGUUGUCCGGCUUGACAACCUCAUGUCUCACCUCAGCGACUGUGAGCACAACCCCAAACGGCCUGUGACCUGUGAACAGGGCUGCGGCCUGGAAAUGCCCAAAGAUGAGCUGCCAAACCACAACUGCAUUAAGCACCUGCGCUCGGUGGUCCAGCAGCAGCAGACACGGAUCGCAGAGCUGGAGAAGACCUCAGCGGAACACAAACACCAGCUGGCGGAGCAGAAGCGAGACAUUCAGCUGCUCAAGGCGUACAUGCGUGCAAUUCGCAGCGUCAACCCCAACCUUCAGAAUCUGGAGGAGACCAUUGAAUACAACGAGAUCCUAGAGUGGGUGAACUCCCUGCAGCCAGCACGAGUGACCCGCUGGGGCGGCAUGAUCUCGACCCCUGACGCGGUGCUCCAGGCUGUCAUCAAGCGCUCGCUGGUGGAGAGUGGCUGUCCUGCCUCCAUCGUCAACGAGCUGAUCGAAAAUGCCCACGAGCGGAGCUGGCCCCAGGGCCUGGCCACGCUAGAAACGAGACAGAUGAACCGGCGCUACUAUGAGAACUACGUGGCCAAGCGCAUCCCCGGCAAGCAGGCUGUGGUCGUGAUGGCCUGUGAGAACCAGCACAUGGGCGACGACAUGGUGCAGGAGCCCGGACUGGUCAUGAUCUUCGCCCACGGCGUGGAAGAGAUCUAGGAGAUGCUGACGGGACGCCAGGAAGAGACGGAAGUCAGGACAUCCGUCCCUGCAGCAGCCGGACCCGGGGUGCUGCCGCUGCCCUUACUACUGUGGCCUCCACCCAGCCACUCCUCCCCGCCCUCUGGCACCGAAGGGCCAGGGCGCUGUGCCCGCCUUUCAGGUGGGAAACCCAGAUUCCUUCCUCAUUCCUUCCCCCUGACAUGGAAGAUUCUAAAUUUUCGGUCCGGCUGGCAAAGUGCCCACUUCUUCCAUUUUUCCUGCCUCGGGUCCCAUAUAUUUUCAGAAAGCACAGAUAAGCAUUCGCUCAACAGGAUCGCAGUAGCUCAAGGACACUAAGGGUCAGUCGCGGCUCCCACGCCUGGCAUCGGAGGAGGCAGGCCUGUCGUCUCCGGACAGCAUUUGGAGAGGAGCUCUGGGGAGCAGAGACGCUGAAGAGAUGGAAAGGGUGCGCCCCGAGCGCUGGCCGUGGGCAGCCGGACGCUGGGGGUCCUGGACCGUGUGCCAAGCAGGCCCUGUGCAGCCGCCCGUGCGCAGGUGCUGGGGGCGGGCGCGCCACAUGGGCGCUCCUUUCCCACGCCUUUCUACAGUUAGGGGCAGGGCGGGGAGGGGCGGGUGGGGCUUAGUCUGCGGGGGGUCAGUUCCUCAGCAAGAAGCAGCUCCCCAGCAUUUGCUGAAAGGGCCAGGCUCCGCCUCCUGCGGCCCAGCCUUGCGCUUCCCGCGCCCCUGCCCGCCCUGGGGUCCCAGUAGUUCUUUUGAUCAUUUCCUUUGGCCAUUGUUUAUAUUUUACUUCUUCUCUUCCUCCCACUUAGGUCUUUUUUUUUUAUACAUGUAGAAUGGCCUAGUUAUGGCUACCCUUUUCUAGCCCAGCCACAUUGUAGACAAUUUAAUUUAUUUACUUUUUUUUUUUUUUAAGAAAGGAAAAAGAAAAAAAAAUGAACAAAAUGUAAAACUUUUCUUUCGCUGUUCCUAUGUGGGAAUUCUGGCCAGGGUGGGAAGGGGGUGUGGGACUGUUUUAUAUUUUUUGCUUUCCAGCACAGCCUUCGGCUUUACUGUCGGGAGGCCCGAGGGAGCCCCUGGCCGGAUAGUUCAUGUCUGCCUCAGCCCUCCGGGACCCGUGGAGACAAGGAGCUGCUUUGACUCCCAUGGCUGGUGUGAGGGUCCAGCCUCGGACACCGGCGCCGCCCCCCCUUCCCCCCCCCAACCGCUCCCAGCCCUGCGGGGUCACCCUGGAGCCCCUGCGUAGAGUAUUCACCUUGUAGGCAGCCGCCCCAGCCUCCACCCCGUUCCCUAAGCAGGGACAGUUGACACUUUUCCAGGCCAGGUGGGAGGGGAGUUUCAUCCAGAGUAUAAGCUGUGCCUGUCCCUCCUCCACGCCACUGUAGGCCGCACCCUGCUUGUAUUGCCCCGAGGAGUGUCCGGAACCGUCCUUGACUCCUGGGGGCUGCAGGGCCACGGCAGGGGAGAGGCAGCGAAAGCCAUGACGCCCAGAUUGUCACCACCUAACAGCUGCCCAUCGUAGAAGGCCGGGCCAGGUUGCCACCAGCCCGAGUGUUAGUCUGAGCGCCACUGGAGUCGACACGAGCGAGGGACACAGCGCAAGGGAGGCAGGAACGGUCCCAUGUUCCGGCCCCAGGACAUUGCGCUCAGGAAUCUGGAACCGCUGCCACGAUGAAUCUGGUUAUUACUCCAUUUUUCCCACUCCCUCCCCCGCCUGCCUUACCAAGGGCCCGUACCCUCUUGGCACCCCUCAGAUGGAGCCAGGAAGCUCAGCUAAGGCUUCCCUACCCUUUGCACUAGUGUCUCUGCGGGUUGCUGGUUGUGUCACACGUGCUGUUCCAUGGUGUUGACUGCACUAAUAAUAAACCUUUUACUCAACUCAAAA